ACGAGAGUCAGAGGAAGUUUCCGCCCAUGACCUCCUAUCACCGAAUGCUCCUGCACAGAGUCGCCGCUUACUUCGGCUUAGACCACAACGUCGACCAGACCGGCAAAUGUGUCAUCAUCAACAAAACCAGCAAUACACGAAUACCAGAUCAGAAGUUUUCCGAACACAUCAAAGACGACAAGACGGAUGAUUUCCAGAAGCGCUGCAUCUUAAAAAGAGACAACUCCAGCGUAGACAAAGACGACAGCGUGAUGCGCAUGAAACUAAAGGAGGACAGGAGGAGCAAGUCCAUCGAGGAGCGAGAGGAGGAAUAUCAGAGAGCAAGAGAGAGGAUCUUCGCUGAUGGUUUAGACACCUUCCCGCUGGAUAAAAGGUGAGUGUAAGA